AUGACAUUAAGAAAGACUUGUGGUUUCAGUAACACUAUGAUAAAACCAGGUUUGUUCAAUGUAAUUUCAAAUACCUGCCCAAUGAUUAUUAAGAAAAAACCGGUGACAGCCACGAAGCGAGUCGUUGAGGACGCUAAUAAUGAAAAUGACUUGGGUGCGUUGAAGUUUUCUACUGCUGUUGCCUUGGAUCCUGUUCCAUCCCUGCCAACAAGAAGUGGCAUUAAUGAGCCAGUGAUUUUCACCUUCGAAUCAGAUGAUGUGGACAUCAGCUCGGUGAUGCUCACUUUAGCCAAUGUAAUUCCAAUUAAUGGCUACCCUGGUUUGGACUGCCUGGUGCAGAAUGAUUUUGUUGAGGCCUCUGUGUACAGACAUUUGCGAAAGCAAAAAAACUUUGCCGUCGUCGCUGGCAUUUUUUUGGUGUCUCGUUUUUCGAGCAUUUCCGUCCGGCUCUUUGUUGAGCUUUUCCUAACAGAGCUUGUGUGCUGCUACAGUGGAUGGUCAGGACGUGGUGAAGAUCUUUCCCAAAAAGAUAUAUACGGCCUGGGCCAUCGGGUUUUUCUUCCUGGUUUUGUUGUCGAGUCUCUUGUGAUGAAUACAUACGAGAUGAGACUUUCGGAGGCGACAUUGCGAAAUGUAGACAAGUGGCUUUUGCCAUCUGUGGAAACAAUUUGGGAAACCGACGAAGUGGCAUUUGAGGAGUUGGCCUAUUUUUGUCGGUCAUCUCCUUGGAAGAAAAUAUGCACUCGUGCGUAUUUUCUUCUCAUGGUCAAAUCCCUUGAUCCUGAGCAUCCCGAGUAUGCCUCCAGAAGGCUGGAACUUGCCACAUUUCGUCGGGAAGUUAUCCAACUUCUCGUGAGAAAAUACGAGAUUUUAACCUUGAUGGCCAAGGAUAAGCUUUGGCGUGUAAGAGACUCGAGACUUCAGUUUGUUUUAAUCGACACUAACCUGCAAUAA